AUGUCAUCCAUCCUUGGAAAGAUGAGGAAACUUGGCAGUUCUGAUGUGGAGGACUCUGAAGUCACGGACGAGCACACAGAUGGUGAGGAUUCCAUUCUGGGAACCCCUGAAAGCCUUCAGGGAAGCCAGAGCACAAAGGUACAGCAGCUGCCCAAAAGCAACAUCUUCGCUAGACGAGGCCGCUUUGGGAUGGGGGAUAGCGAUAAGAACAUGGCGCCUAUGGACUCCUUGUACCAGAUGGACCACCUGGGGUCUGCUCCCAUCAUCAAGUUUAAUAUCAAUAUGGAAAGGACAAAAAUACACAAUCAAUUUGCCAAACUCCUAUCUACCAAUUCCAUUGCAAGCUGCUCAGAAAAAGCUUUCAAGUUCUAUGAUUGCAGAAGGAUCUUUGAUGCUGUGGCUGAAGGUGACACAAGUGAUCUGAAUGACCUGCUGACCUAUCUCCAUGAGACCCGGAAGCAUCUCACAGACAAUGAGUUCAAAGAGCCGGAAACUGGGAAAACCUGCUUAUUGAAAGCCAUGCUGAAUCUGCAUGAUGGGAAGAACGAUACCAUUCCCCUGCUUCUGGAAAUUGCAGAGAAGACCGGCAAUCUGAAAGAGUUAGUUAAUGCAGAAUAUACUGACAACUACUACAAGGGUCAGACCGCUCUCCAUAUUGCCAUCGAGAGGAGGAAUAUGUACUUGGUGAAGCUCUUGGUCCAAAAUGGAGCAGACGUUCAUGCGAGAGCCCACGGGGAGUUCUUCAGAAAAAUCAAAGGGAAACCUGGCUUUUAUUUUGGUGAACUGCCUCUUUCCCUGGCUGCCUGCACCAACCAGCUAGGUAUUGUGAAAUUCCUCCUCGAGAAUCGGUAUCAUCCAGCCAAUAUAGCUGGCCAGGACUCUAUGGGCAAUACAGUUCUGCACGCCCUUGUGGAGAUUGCAGAUAACACCAAAGAUAACACCAAGUUUGUAACAAAGGUGUAUAACAACAUUUUGAUCCUUGGUGCCAAAAUUAACCCGAUGCUGAAGCUGGAAGAGAUCACUAACAAGAAGGGACUGACUCCUUUAACCCUGGCUGCAAAGAAAGGGAAGAUAGGGAUUUUCGCCUAUAUCCUUAGACGAGAGAUCAAAGAGCCUGAGUGUAGGCAUCUGUCUAGGAAGUUCACCGAAUGGGCCUAUGGACCCGUCCACUCAUCUCUUUAUGACCUGUCCUCCAUAGACACGUGUGAGAAAAACUCAGUGCUUGAGAUCAUUGCGUAUAGCAGCAAAACACCAAAUCGCCAUGAGAUGCUACUGGUAGAGCCCCUGAACAGGCUGCUGCAGGACAAGUGGGACCGAUUCGUCAAACGCCUAUUUUACUUCAACUUCUUUGUUUAUGCUAUGCACAUUAUCAUACUCACCCUGGCCGCCUACUUCAGACCUGUGGAGAAACAUGGAAAGCCUCCCUUCAAAUUUGAAUACACCACCGAGGAGUGUUUUCGUAUCAUUGGAGAGAUCCUGAGUGUGCUGGGAGGUCUCUAUUUCUUUUUCAGAGGGAUACAAUAUUUCCUGCAGAGGCGGCCCUCGUUGAAGACUCUGCUAGCUGACAGUUACAGUGAGGUUCUUUUCUUUGUCCACUCACUGUUCCUGUUGAGUUCAGUGGUGCUGUACUUCUGUGGCCAGGAACUCUAUGUGGCAUCCAUGGUGUUCUCCUUGGCCCUGGGCUGGGCUAACAUGCUGUACUACACCCGAGGCUUCCAGCAGAUGGGAAUUUACUCUGUCAUGAUUGAGAAGAUGAUCCUGAGGGAUUUAUGUCGCUUCAUGUUUGUCUACCUAGUAUUUCUCUUGGGAUUUUCUACAGCUGUGGUGACUCUGAUUGAAGAUGACUAUGAGGGACAUGAAAAUGACAGCUGUCUCUGCACCCGAUCAGGCCAGCUGAAGUGUGGCCGCACGUCAUACAACAGUCUGUAUUACACCUGCCUGGAGCUGUUCAAGUUCACCAUUGGCAUGGGAGAUCUAGAGUUCACCGAGAACUACAGGUUUAAGUCUGUCUUUGUCAUCCUGUUGGUCCUCUACGUCAUCCUCACCUACAUUCUCCUGCUCAACAUGCUGAUUGCGCUGAUGGGGGAAACUGUGAACAAGAUCGCACAAGAGAGUAAGAGCAUCUGGAAACUCCAGAGAGCCAUCACCAUCUUGAAUAUCGAAAAUAGCUACCUGAACUGUAUGAUAAACUCAUUCCGAUCCGGGAAGCGAGUCUUAGUGGGAACCACACCUGAUGACAAGGACGAUUACAGAUGGUGUUUCAGAGUCGAUGAGGUGAACUGGUCCACAUGGAACACUAAUCUGGGCAUAAUCAACGAGGAGCCCGGAUACAGCAUGGGCUUGAAGCGAAACUCAAGUUUUUCUUUUAAGUCUAGCAGAGUUUCAGGGAAAAACUGGAAGACCUUGGUUCCACUUUUGAGAGAUGGGAGCAGGCGAGAGGAGGCACAGAAACAGCCAGAAGAAGCCAAGUUAAAACCCAUUUUGGAACAUGAUUAUGAGCCUGACGACUCUGGGGCAAGGAAGUCUGUGUAGUUUUUGUUUUUGUUGUUGAAUACAAUUGUUCUUAAGAAGAAGGUUAAUUAUAAGUGUACUGUCUGUGUUCACAGACAAUG